AGAACAGCCAUUGUAUCUCUAUACACGGAAAGCACAUUGCUAAAAGAUCGGUUCGCGAAAAUGUUCAGUGUUGAUAGUUAUACGAACGGAGUAAGAUGCGAGAAUAUCGAGUGCAUAUUGUGAAUUUACCGACAUGAUUGUGUAUAUUUUAUUAUCGAUAGGGCUUAUAUCACACGUUAGUUGCAAAGCCCCUCAAUGUUGCAGUACAGUAAAGAACGAGGAGUGCCGAACAGCCUGUUUUACGCUGACCACCGCUGGAAACCAGAGAGAGCAAAUGGAGCACCUGCUGGACGUGUCCAAGAGUUGCCAUGGAGAUCAGAUUGAGUUCUGGCAGUGUGUCAAUCAAACAGUACAAGUUGUCCACUCAUUGGCGGUGUGGUCCGGACGACCUUGCUGUGACCUUGCCAAAAAUCGUGUAUGUGAACAGGCCUGCAGAGAAGCUAAAUCCCAAAGUGAAAUUAAAAAGGCAUGCAUGGAGAGCUUAGAAACCCACCUCUAUGAAUGUGUCAAGAAACAAAGAGAGGGUGAGAUAUGCUGUAGCACUGACGAGGAUUACAGCUGUCGUAUUACUUGUCAGGGAACCUUCCUCGCUAAUUAUAACCGUAAAAAUCAGCGCCACACCUUAAGAACUCAGUGUAGAAGCACCAACACCAUAAUGCAGUGUGUGAUAAGUAAUGUGGAGGAUUUCAAAGUCAUCAAACUCAUUGAUCAUCUCCCGUGUUGCUACCAGAUAGAGAACCAGCGAUGUCGUGAAACAUGCGAGAGGACAUUGUCCACCAUGACUGACCAGUACAAAAUAGCAGGGGAACUCGAAAAUAUUUGUGGACCAAUUUUCCCUCAGCACCCCCCUUGGAGUUGUUUUUUAUCUCAACCACCUCACAAAAAAGUGGAAGAAAUCACCAUGGACUAUGCUAGACUACAGUGUUGCUCUAAAGCCAGCAAUGACCGCUGUAGAACUCUCUGUACCAGUACGUACAGCAGUGAUUGGCAGAGCCACUAUUCAGAGUUCCAGUCCAGCUGUCAGGACCUGACUUUACCCGUGUCCAGAAUGGAGGCCCCUAUGCUCACCUGUAUAACUGAUGCUUAUGAACCAUGCAAGUUGGGAUGUGAUGGUCUCGAUUUUUGUACCAACUUUAAUAAUCGACCAACAAGUCUGUUCCGAGCUUGCUCCAAGCAGUCUGAUAAUGCAGCCAGGGCAGAGUUUCAGAGUUGGCUUGUGACAAAACGACCCCUCUCUCCUCAACUUCAAAUACCAGUCAAAGAUAUCAACACCUGUGAACCAGAAAUGUGGAAAGCCAUCGCCUGUGCCAUGCAGGUCAAACCCUGUGGUCGCAAACCAGCCUCCUUUGUCAUUUGCAGAGAUGACUGUGAAUACCUGCUGAACAAAUGUCUGAACACCUCGGCCAUCCAUCCGUCUCAAUCUGUCAGCCACCUGUGUAAACUCCUGUCUCCAGACGACACAGCUAGGUCCUGUAUCUCCAUCAAACAGUUCACAGAGCGGAGCCCGUUCAGUGACUACUCCACUACAGAUCUGACCACUCCGUGUAACCCCAACCCUUGUGAUGCCGACGAGGUCUGCUGGAACAAUCAUCGUAAAUGUCGUCACCCUGAGAAUUGCCCCGCUUACGUGUGUCACAAAGCUUGCUCCAUGGGUAUAGACUCUGCCAUGGCUGUCCCUAAGCAUGUUUACAUCAGGAUACCCAACACAUCUGUCAGUGACAGCAAAUCAGACAGCUGUGUUAAACAACAGAUCUGUCGCUGUGGCAACAAGAAGCUGGAAAAUUGUAGGAGUAUUCCUUGUACAAAACAGGACAAGUGUCACCUUGGGGGUGCUCAAGGGGGAAUCAGUAAGAAUCAUGGGGAACAUUUCCGGAUUGAUUGUAAUUUCUGUAUCUGUCAUUCUGGAGAAUUAGUUUGUACAAAAGGUCGUUGUCCAUCGGGAAAUGAUGACUCCACAUUGACCGGACUAUCCUGUGAUUGUCCACAUAAUUAUCACCCUGUGUGUGGAGACAAUGGGAAAACUUACCCCAAUUCUUGUCUGGCCAAACGUUGUGGAGGCCUAAGAACUGAUCAGAUUCGCCAAGGAGCUUGUAGGUUGGCUGAUCCUUGUCGGGAAAAUCCUUGUGGAAAUAGCUUCAGGUGUUUACCUAAGCCACAGGUGUGUUUACACAUAGCCCGGGAGAGCUGUCUACAAUAUGAAUGUGUGCCACAUGGUGUGAAGUGUAACGCCCAUUAUCAUGACCCAGUCUGUGACACGGAGGGGACGGAGCAUACCAAUGCCUGCCUCUUACUGAAGAAAGGGAAAACACUGGCCUAUAGAGGGCAUUGUCAGACCCACUGCUCUACCACCUCCCCAGUCUGUGGUCAUGACGGGGAGACCUACACCAGUCAGUGCCAGGCUUUAGCUGCCCGCGUCACAGUGGACUACCAGGGACCCUGCAGGGUGGUGGGACAUUUUUCAGGAAAUAUGUCCAGUGGUCCGUGUCCUGGUGUUAGCUGUGACCCAGUUCUACCUCCGCAGUGUAAACCAAUCCUACCCCCAGGGGCAUGCUGCCCUGUGUGUGCUGCGGAGUUAAGAGUCCUGUACAAACCGGAGCUGGCAGAAAUGGUGUCCCGAGAGAUGAUGUCCGGACCACUGAGUGUUCAGCAGACUGUGGACAUUCUGUCCCACAACCUGGAAAUCCUCGAAUGUGACGUGUUUGGAUUCUUGGGUGUCGACCAAUCAGAAGUUGUCAUCUUGAUUAAACCAGUUACAGCCACACCCACCAUGUUACAGGUACAGGCCUGUAUACGGGAGGCAGAGAGGAUUGAGUACCUAGUACAGACAGACAGUCCACUCCUAAAGGCCUACGCUACUCUUACACCAUUUCUUCUAGCCCCCAUGAGGGCCCCCAGUACAAUAGCAGUGUCCAGUAGUGGAGCUCUGAACUCCUCAUUUCCUCUUUUAUCUGUGUUAAUUAUAUUGACUCUGUUUACCUUAAGGACGUUUAACUCUUCGUGACCCGUAGGAUGCUACAUUGUCAGGAAUUAUUAAUGUUUUAAUGGAUCAUGAAGACCUACCAAUUUGCUAAUGGUAGAUCUCUAUGUAAUAGUAUCUUUGUCAGAGGUAUGUGUUCAUAAUGGCAAGAGGAUGAACAAUGGUGAAGAAAUCGUCCAACAAAGAGAUCUCCGAUAAAGGAGAUACAAAGAUUUCAGAUUUGACAAGGGAUAGAGAAAAUAGGGAAGAUCACCUAAAUUUUACAAGCUUCAAGUCAGUUUUACUUGUUCAAAUUGGAAGCAGUUUGAGAAGAUCUGAAUCGCUUGAACAGAAAAUUUGAAAGUACAUUUGUGCUAUUUUUGUUUCUGUGGUCAGUUCUUCAUAAUAAUGUGGUGAUUAUAUUGGCCAAAUUUCUGUGAUAACCAGUCAGAGCUGAAGGAGACAAACAGAUUUGAUUGGUUAGGAAGAAUGGCAAGUAAGGAUUUGAUUGGAGAAUGUUUAUUUUGGUCCAAUCAGUAUUAUUCAUUUUGGACAGAUUUGGUCAAAUGUUCGGUGCUAUAAAGUUAUAGCUUUACAAAUGAUCAACAGCAUUUAUAACUAUCUCAAAGACUCAGUUUAUAUUUUUUCACUUUGCAGUAUGAAUCAGUUUUAAAGAUGGGAGUAUUUUUUUUUCCACCCAGUAUGUUUCUGAAUUGUGUAGUAUUAUAUACAAAUGAAGACAUUUCCUUUGUAGCAUUACAUCAUGUUAUAUUUAUAGCAUUAUAUUAACAAAAGCCAAAGACUUUCAUAUUCAACUUUUAUGCUAACACAAAUUUCAAUUUCUUCUGCAAAAAUUAGACACAAAACAGACAGCAUAAUUCUGUUGUGAGGAUUUUUAUUUUGUUUGUUUUGUUUUUCAAUGCCAUGUAAUGUUGUAAUCUCAGACGUGAUUGGUCAGAAUCUCGGGGGCAGUAUAUAGUGUAGAGAGAGGAGAUGGAUGUAUUUUAAUACUCGUGACUAUCAGACACUAUUAAUCUUGCAGGGCAUCUUCAUUUAUUUUUUUGUAUGCAUAUGUAUGUGUGUGUGUGUGUUAAGUGCUACAGGCAGAGUCAUAGAGACUCAACAGUAUUCAUUAUUUAUAUUAAGUAUACAAAAUCAGAGAGAGAGAGAGGGGGAGAAGGAGAGAGAGAGUGGUGUCAUGAUCUAUUUUGUAUCUGCUGGUGGAUAUUUUUGUAAUUCAUUGUAGAAUCUUUCUUGUCUGUAUUUUACUAUAAUUAUAGGAUGUGGAGCAUUGUCGUAUGUUUAUACAUGAAAGAGAGGAAUCAUAUUAUAUAUGUAUGUAUGUGUGUAUGAAUUAAGUUGGAUGAAUUAAGUUAUGUUUGUUAAGUAAUUUCUAUGAUUAUGAUUGUGUAUGUUUGUGUUGUAUGUUUGUUUGCAGUGUAAGUCUGGUGACAAACAGCAUUCUACAAAUCUGGCUACCAGUCUAAAGUGGAUUUGACAUAUCUGUGUCAUAUUCCUUUGUGAAUUGGGGUGGCCAUUUUGUAUUUUGAUAAUCAGUAUUUCUAGUCAAAGUAAGCUGAUGACAAAGUGAUGGUAUUUUUUCCGUCAUAUUUUUAUGUUAGGCACAUGUGACAUAUUUUUAAAUGAAUAUUCAUGUCUUCUUCUUUACAAUGUUUGACUCAGAUCGAAAAAAAAUCUCUUAAGGUGGAAUGACCCUCUAAUCAAGAAAGAUAACUAAGUUUUUUUUAAGAUUACAGUAACUUUAAUAUUGAUAAAACAUGUUUCAUUUACUACAUUUUCAACUUCACAAUGGAUUUUUUUUUACAGUUUACAAAAUUUGCUACAGAUUUAUCUCUAUCUCCAGUUUUUCUGUUUUAUAGCAAUCUUCCAUCAGAAAGAUUCCAUCUAAAUUCCAUUAAGUGAGCAGAGGGUCCUUCUUUGUUAUAUUUUUAAAAAUAUUUAUUUCACUCACAAUGAAUGUGUACCAAAGGUAGCUACUGAAUGGCACUUAUGUAAAACAUUAUUCUAUCAAUGAAUUGAUAUUUACCUGAUUUCAGAUAAAGCUUUAAAUUUCCGAAAUGUCAUGCUUAAAACGUCACUUCAGAGAAUCUCUCUGACAAGGCAGUCAGAGAGCUGUAUCUUCUAUAUUCAAAACAGAAAGUAAGACUGUAUACGAAUUUUCUGUUGUGUAUGUCAUAAUCAAUCCACGUGUAUAUGUGGGUAUCACAUGGCUUAAACAGCAUGGUCACAUGACAUUGUCUUGUUCAGUAUUAUAGCCAAACAAGAGACGUUUUAUCAUUGUGUGCCUGAUUUUGUAUAUAUAUUUUGUGUAAGGCCAUUGUUUUUUUAAAAUAUGUGCACGUAGUGCAUGGUGUUUGUUACAGAAAUUAAAAGAAAAUGUUAUUUUGUU